UUUCUCAACGACUAUCCAGCACGAAUGGAAUGCAAAUUUCUCGCAAAAUCCUGCCAUAGAAAACGGAAACUUAUACUUUGAUUUUGCGAGUGACAAUGAGUGAAAUUAUCCAUGAAGAACCACCAGGAACAUUUGAAGACUGUGAAAUCUCGUAUUCAAGCAAUGAAAUGUGUGAUCUGGGAUUGAAGUUCCUGGUUGAGUUGAGAAACAAUAGAACAACGGAAAGUGUGCAAAUUAAUGCAUUAGAAGCAUUAUGUCAGAUCACAAAUGACAUUCUACACAAUGCAAAUGUAAAAGAAGAAGAAAAACAUUUUAGCAAGAUGUUAUGGCUUGAAGAUAUAAACACAGCAAUGGAAACCUUUCCAGAAUCUUCAUCUAUACAAGAAACUGCAUGUCGAUGUUUGGCAGCGAUAUUACAAGAACGUCCUUCUUUGUGUCAAUAUAUUGGUACCGAGAGAGAACAGCUACCCCUUGCAAGCAAUAUUUGUUCAGCAAUGGCCAGGCAUUCAAAUGAAUCAGCUGUUUUCAAGAGUGUUUGUGGCAUCAUCUUAAUGAUCCUGUCGCAUGAGCCAUGUUUGCAAAAGGAAUUUGCUAAACUGGAUGGGCCAAUUUUGUCAAAGCUCUUAACCUCACAGGAAACCACAGAGAUUGUUAAAGCUUUUCAAGUCCUGGUGUACAUAUCACAUGAUAAUUCCAAUUUUAAAGCAAAGCUCUUGAAAGAGGACAUUCUGUCACAUAUCUGUCACAUUUUUGAAGUAUUCUGUGGGGAUUGUGAAGUGUUAAAACAAGCAGUUAUCUUGCUAGGAACAUUGGCAGAUGACUAUCCAUUGGCAACUUAUCAGUGCAUUGUUGACGAAAUUCACCUUACAUUAUUGCAUUUUUUGAAAGAGUUUAGAAAGUGCUUAUCACUUCUUGAGGUGACAAUUGAAACACUAGGUGUGUUUUCUAAAACAGAGGGUAUUGCAGAUAUCUUACUAACAUGUGGAUGUGUUAAUCUGAUAUGUAACUUAUUGAGAAGCAAUAGAAAAGUCCCAGAAUUUCAAACAAUAGGACUUGCCGCUCUGAAAAGGUUGAUAAAAUCAUCUGAAGAUGUUGUUACAAAACUCAUGCCUGAGAUCAAGAGAGUUAUGCAAGCUCAUCCAGACUCUAGUGACAUUCAGGUACAAUGUUGUGAGAUGAUAUUUCAUCUGGUCAAAGAAAACCACGAACUAUCCAUGCAGUUAGUAAAGGGUCCUCUGCAUCAACUAUUAUUUGAAAUUCUCGCGAAGUUUGAAGACGAUUCGGUGUUAAAUAUGGCUGCAGAUUGCAUCUACGUCUUGGCCUGUGAACAUAAUUUAAAGAAUGUGAUGUUAUUAGAAAUGUGUGCUGCUGGUAACACAACGGCAGUUAAUCUUCUUAUUCAACUAUCAGCUGACGUGAAUUACGUUGAAGAAGGCGAUACCCCUUUGAGCGUCGCCUGCAAAUCCAACAACUUAGAUGUAGUUCAAUUAUUGUUAACGAAAGGAGUAACGGACAUGCACCAUUCGUUAACGUUGUGUUUAGAGGAUAAAAAACGUCACAGGUUGGCAGGAUUUAUUCUGAAACGUAUGGGUCAUGAUGAAGACGCUGGUUCCAUAUCAUUAACAGGUUUGAAACUUGGCACUCUGAGAAAAGAUUGGUUGGCACCUGCGUUGAUAGGAAGUGAAACUUACUCAUUCCAUAUUGCGUCAACACAGUGGUUGAGUUUAAUACGAAAGUCUCGACAUCGUCUGAGUGUCAGCACAAUCGGUAGCGCAGAUAUCGAUGAGGAUAUUUUGACGGAACUUAGUACCACAGACGUGAGUGUACAAGAAGAUAUGACGUCAGAAGGGGAAAGUCCCAGAGUGACCAGAAGCAAUGUUAGCUGUAAUCACGAGGACGCUUCACUGGAAAGCGACGAUUUUUUCCUUGACUACGAUAUCCCUAUCCAUAAGCAAUCCAGAAGACAGUCGCGCAAUCGUUUAUCUUUGGGUCACAGUGUCAGUGAGUCACGGAUGAUCACAGUCGCUGAAUGCAGUCGUCUGGUUCUACCACAAUCUAGAGAAAAUUUGAAUGAAGCAUUUUUGGAGAAAACCAUUAUGAUGUCAUCCCAUUCUCGUAACAGAUGUUUCAGCGAUUCUUCUAGCUUCUUGGAUAAGGUUGAAAAUCGUCAAUUUCAUGGAUCUACACCUCCCAGAGACAAGAAACGGCAACUCCCUCGGCCAAAAUCGAGCAGCAUGAUUGAAAUUGACCACAAUGUUUCUGCACUUCAUGCAGGAAAAAACAUGGUGAGAUGUCUAGACUUGUCCAGAAACGAGAUUUCAAAUGUUGAUAUUUUAGCAGAACAGCCAAGCACAAUUUCGUUUCAUCUUUCGCGUCUUGAAAACCUGGAUCUUAGUCACAACAAGUUAGCUUUACUACCGUUUGGUCUGAGUCAGAACAUGCAACAGUUAAGAAAACUUGUUUUAAGCCACAAUGAUCUCACAAAUCUUCCAAGUUGUGUUUUCACCUGUAGCGAAGUGCUAGAGUGGGUUGAUCUUUCUCAUAACAACAUUAAGAACGUCGAGACGCCGGGAAAUCAUGUCACGAGCUUCGUCCAGCAUCUUGAUCUUUCGUACAACUCAAUUGAAGAUCUUCCCAAGUGUGUUUGCGAAGGAUUUCCGUUUCUAACACAUCUUGAUUUGAGCCAUAAUCACAUCAAGAAUUUGCCAAGUGACGACGUGUUGGAAAGUGUUAAGGAAGGUGAAUCAUGGCUGAACGUCAAGCUUAGCAACCUAAAGACCCUUAAUCUUUGUCAUAAUGAAAUUGAAACUGUAUCAGCUUCGUUUUUGUCUCGCCUAGUCAACUUGGAAACAUUCAAAGCAUCGCAUAACGGUUUGAAAAGCCUACCAGAUACCUCUGCACCGUUUUUGACAAAGUUGGGGGUUGUAAAGCUUUCUUACAACAAUCUAGUGGAGAAAGAUCCAAUCUUUGUUUCAAAGUUUAUUGUGUUUCUUCGCAAUGUUCAUACAGUUGAUGUAAGUCGAAACAACCUUAAGUCAAUCGCGUCGCCGUCAAAUUGGACAAGUCAACGUUUGAGAGAUCUAAAUAUUUCUGGCAAUGACAUUCGAAGUAUCGACCUUAGUGAAGCUGGGACAAAAUGGUCUUAUCUGACACGACUGGAUUUAAGUGAUAAUAAUUUGAGAAAAAUCCCUGCAGGUAUUGGCGAGCUAAAGUCUCUAGGACAGCUAGAUAUCAGUGGAAACACUAGAAUCAAUAUCCUACCAGAGGAAAUGGGAUAUUUAAGUAAACUGUGGGAGUUUUUACACAAAGGAGUCAAACUCGAUCUCAAUUCUUCUCUCCUGCGCGGGAGAACUCGUGAUUUGGUUGGUCAUCUUCACGCCAGGCUCAAAAGAUCUGCUUCAAACCCGCAAAGGAAAGUGGUUGUCUGUGGUCCUCCUGGAAGCGGGAAAUCAACUGUUCUACGGCUGCUGGCCUCAAAUAAGACUUUGAAGAAACCUUGUGUAAACGAAAGUCGAAAGUCAAAGGGAAAGAGUAGUGUUUUUGAUUGCCUUAAUGUCCAGAAAUGGAUCAUCAACGAUGUCAAAGGAGAUUGUGAUUGUUGUAAAAAGAAGCCUGUCUGUCUCGUCUUGCGAAUUUGGGAAUUUUCAGGAACCAAUGCUAGUCCACACGUUCAUCGUUGUUUCUUGAACGAAACAGAUCUUCAUAUUGUCGUUUUUGAUUCGAGUGGAAAUGUUGAAGAAGUUGACAACGUGAAACCGUGGUUGGCCAAUAUCCAUGACCAAUGUCCUGGUUCAACAGUCAUCCUAGUUGGUACUCAUGCUGAAAAGAUCUCGCUUAAGCGAAGAAAAACACACUUGGAGAAUAUCAGGAGCAGAAUCCAGACGAUUCGCAAACUUCCAGGAAUUCCGGUGUUACGAGGAAUGUUUUUCGUCGGGGGAAGUAAAAAUUUCGACGUAGACGACUUGGCAAAACGAUUGUUAAACCUUGCCAUGGCUUGCAAUACGAGAGGAAAUCAAAUUCACACUCACAAGAUGCCGAAAAGCUUUAUCAUGUUGCAGAAUGUAAUCGAGAACAAUGUAAGAAAUGAAACGAACGAUGGCGGCGUCAUUCAUCUUAACUCCAUAAAAAAAAUUGUGCAAGAUUCCAAACUUGAUAUCAAAGAUGACGAGUUACACGAAGCUGUUGUAUGCUUACGUCAGUCUGGUCUUUUGGUGAAUUACGCUAAACCUGCAGCAAAGUUGAACGAAUUAUUUUUCUUAUCCCCUCCCAAAUUAGCUGCAUUGAUUGCGAAAGUUGUGGCGUUCGUUGUAAACACUGUGAACUCGAAGGAACUGAUUACUAGGGAGAAACUGUCUAACCUUAUCGUUAGUGAGAAUUUUUCUGAGUCACAUGUACCGCAGAUACUAAGGUUAUUGGAAGAUUUUGAACUAGCUUUACCAGUGAGCGCAUGCAAGUAUUUACUGACGUCAAACCUCGACCGCCCUCCACCCUCCGUCUUGGUGAACACAGACACAAUGCCUCGUCGCAGGUAUAUCAUGCCCUAUGCCCCCGAGGGAUUCUGGCGCCGUCUCGUCACACAUUUAUUGUUGUAUCGCAAGGAAAUGGCUCGAGGUCAACGACCGCUGAUCAGAGAGAUUGCGCAGGAUUCAAGUAUUCAAUUUUGGUCUGGCGAAUUCUGUUCAUUUUGGUCAUCAGAAGUCAACUUUACGGUGAAGAUAUCUGGAAAUGUCUUGGAUAUUUUUGUCCCACAGAGUCGUCAAGGCCAUGUUAUUCUGGCGAACCUUGUCUACCAUAUUGACGCGUUGUUGCAAGAGUGGUACCCAGAUCUUUGUGGAAUUGAUCACCUUCACAGCCGACCAAUAAUACAGAAGACAGCAUUGUGUACUUGUCGAGAACACGACUUUCCCCUGGAAGAUUGUAUUACGUCAUUUAUGAGGUGCACCGGGGGGGGACUGAUACCGUUGAAACAGCUGGUCCCAGACUUAUUGCUGGCCCAUGUUGAUCAGCGGUUCAUCAUUGACGAAACCGAUUUGAAUAUUGAAGAGAAUCGUGCUUCUGUGUUAGGAGAAGGAGGCUUUGGAAUUGUAUAUCGAGCGAAAUAUAGACACAAGAACGUGGCUGUUAAGGUUUUUCAAAAAAAUAUCGAAUCAGAUCCUCGCCUAUUGUUGGAACAAGAGGUGAUAUUUCUGGCUAAGCUACGUCAUCCAAGUGUGAUAGAUUUGGUUGGUGUGUGUUGUGGUUCCCGCUACAUCAUUGUUCUUGAACUAGCUCCACUUGGCUCACUUAAUAUGAUCUUUCGUAGUGGUAAACCAUUAAGUCGUGGUGUUCAACAUUUGAUUGCGAUGCAGGUUGCAGAUGGGCUAAAAUAUCUACAUCAUCAUACCAUCGUGUAUCGAGACCUCAAACCACACAAUAUUCUCAUAUUUUCUCUUGCUGCGGGCUCACUUAUUAAUGCUAAGAUCUCUGACUUCGGAAGUUGUCGAUAUGCAACGCCAUGUGGUUUUAUUGCGCCUGAAGGAACGCCCGGCUAUCGAGCCCCGGAGGUGGCUCGUGGUGACGUUGUUUACAACGAGAAGGCAGAUAUAUUCUCGCUAGGAAUGCUUCUGUAUGAACUAGCAACAGAAGGAAAACAACCGUUUAGUGAUCUGAAAUUUCGUAGUGAAUAUGACGAGGCUGUUAUCACUGGGAAAGCAAUUGAUCCAAUUGUGGUAGCGGGUGCACCCCCCUGGCCAGAUAUGCAGGAUCUGCUGGAUAAUAUGCUGGUGUCUGAGCCUGAUGAAAGACCAACUGCUGACCAGGUUUAUCAACGACUUAGUGACGCGGAGUUUAUCUCAUUGAAACAAGACAUUGCUGUGUGUAAGGGACAAGCUGUCGAGUGUAUGGCAACCCGAUAUUACCUUCAUGAAGGCGUAAGGAAAAUGGAGGUCUGGAUCGGUAGUGGAGCUUUUGAUUGGACAAAUACGAAAAACAACAGUGACAAAGCAACGUAUACGUCACAACUAUCACGUGUUGACAUGAGCUCAUCAAAACCCAAGGGUUGUAAAGGAACCAUUUUGCAAGAUGGUCGAAUCAUAUGCCUGACCGUAGUUGGUGAAAACUUCAUCCUCGUUGGAACACAAACUGGUCAUAUCUGGGUGUAUGAUGCUGCCAAAGAACGUUUCACACACGCCAUGAGCAAACUCCCAGACGUUGUUGUUUGUUUGCUUCACGCAUGCGUAGGAGGUGUUGAUCGUGUGUUUGCAGGACUAGCAAAUGGCCAACUAGCGAUGUAUAGCAUUGAGGAUCUCAGAAGCCCACCCAAAGGAACGAAAAUCAUAGAUAUUGGAGGCUCAGUUUGUUGUCGUGACGUUCCAAUGUUGUGUUUUGCUUUGACCAAAUACUCGAAGAAACUGCUCUGUGGUGUUGGACAUAAUAUCGUUGUGUUUCAACUAGGGUUACCUGACAUGCUCCCUGAAUCCCACUGGAGCGUAUCCACUGAUGCUGAUCCGCACAAAGGACUAGUGUCGAAUAUCAUAGUUGAUAAACAUGGCAUUUGGGUUUCCACGAAAGGAAGCACAAAAAUUCAGUUGUGGAAUAUGAAGUCAAAGGAACGUCGCGCAGUUGUGAACUGUGAUGAUUUUCCGAUUUCGGAGACAAUCGAGAACUCUACCCGAGGCAUGCGCGUUGUUAGUAUGUUGAUACAAAAUGAUAUUCUUUGGGUGGGGACGGGGGGUGGACACAUACUACUUAUUGAUACUAGAUCCAGUUCCCUGCUCAUGGCAAUGAGCCGACAUAAGACCGCUGUACGUUGUUUGUUGUCUGCUGAACUUCUUCAAAAAGACGGGAAACAAAUCUCUGUCGUGUUAUCUGGAGGACUGGGAUUUGUCCCACGUUGGUCGUCUUCCCGUGAGUCUACAAGUCGCGACUUUGGCUAUGUGCUCGUCUGGGAGUCUGGAAUCCAAAAAGAGUCGGAACAUCUUCAUGAAUAUAAUAAGCGGAGACAAGAAUGGCAUUUGAACCACAAUACCUUUUGACAUUCAAAAUCUUAUGUAAUCAAGAUUUAAUGUAAGAUUACA